AUGGCUAAACCAUUACAAAAGGAAAGGGAAAACAGAUCAGCGGAAAAAAAGGAUUUAACUUUCCAUCCAUAUAAUAUAACACCGGAGAGUGCACAUACAUCCAUCCUGCUCCUAGAGUCUACAGAGCCAGAGAUAUUAUGCCAGACUCUCCGAGCAAUCACCAAAUUCUCAGCGCAAGAAAUGCAGAAUCGUUACGUUCUCUUCGAUUUGGAUGCUAUUAAAUACAUCUUGCCCCACGUGGAGCAUCCAGAGUUGAACAUCAAACGGUUUGCUCUGAAGGCUUUAGCGCAACUGUGUCAAUUACCUAGAGGACCGGAACAGGUGCUGGCUAAUCCUCAGAAUUUGAGGAAAAUCGCAUUUAUGUUGGUGAAGAUAGAAGACGUCUUCGUUUUGGAAUUUGCUUCUCUCGUCUUAUCAGAAUUGACACGUGAACCUCUGGGAUGUGAGCAGCUGGUGUCAGCGAAUAUUUUGAACAGUCUUUGCGGCAGAAUGAAGAACAGCCUCGACCCUGAUGUCCAAAAGAACUGUUUACAGACACUCAGUAACUUAUUAGAAGACCCAGUGUGUGCGUCAGAAGUGACAAAGAACCAACAAUUCAGUUGGGCUUCCCUCCUCGCUCUGAUGCAGAGCCAAUAUCUAGCGAUACAGCACGCAGCUCUUAAGACCGUCGACCAAUUGAUAUGUAGAUAUAAGGAUGUGGUAGUGCAGAAGUCGUUUAGAGCAUCUACGGGAGUUUUGGAUCUUUGUGAUAUACUAGAGUCCUACGAAUUUCGUGACGUACAUACGCAAGUGUUGGGAGUAUUACGCAACUACGUUGAGACAGAGGAGAACGCGGCCCACCUGUACCAAUCCGGGUGUAUCCUGCGGCUGCUAGCGUACCUCGAGAUGGCUCUACCAGCCAUGAAACCUCACUGUCUUGCUGUUCUUACUAAGAUGUCCUUCACUUCUAAUGGACGAGAUGCUCUAUACGAAACAGGUACAGAUCUAGUGUUCUGUCACCAACUAUUGAGUUCAAAUGUGGAAUUGCUAGCGGACGCAGCAAUGGGUGUUGCCAACAUGACAAAACUAUUGCCAGCCGCUGUGCGGAUGUCCGAUACCAACAUUAUAGAAGCACUCUGUGCAAUUCUAGCCGAUGAUGCAGCCGUUUGGUUCUAUAUAAGGAUGAACGCUCUCCGGGCUUUGUCUGAAUUGUGUCGCAUCAUACCUAAAGCUGCUUUCAGCGCUAUCGAGCCUAAGACCUUUGCGUCUUUGAGAAAUAUUAAUAAGAAGUUCAAGGACAACCCGAUCGAAGCACAACGCCUCGCGGUGCAGUGCUACAUCAAUCUGCAGAACUACCAUGUUAGCACGAAGGCGAUGCUCAAUGCUGAGUUCAUGCAAGAGUUGCUCAAUAUUCUACAGCGAAUAGAUAUCAGUUUGAAAAUAAUGACGUGCACUGUGAUCAGUGGUCUGAUGAAGGAGGAGAUCGCAAAGGAUUUAUUCACUUCGAAGAAAGGAGAGGAGGUUGUGUCACAGAACCUACACAUAGAACACGUUGGUCUCCGCACCGCGUUGUGUUUGCUGAUCGCGGCCAGCGUUUCGGAAGAUGGUGCUGAUGUGUAUUUGGAACUCGGGACCAUACAUUUCAUGGUAGAAAACAAGCAAGCAAGAUACGUAGUGAGCGCGUGGGAGCCGGCGUUGGAGGCAAUUUUUAGGCAUCAUCCCUCUGCCAAGUUUGCUUACACUGGCCGCUUGGAUAUUAACGAUUUUACUCAGGAGGGUUUCUACGUCCAGAAGUGUCUGGACCGUCCAUUCCCCACGAUCCAGUCGCUGGUGAACAAGACUCCACCACACACCGACCCGGUUUUCAUCUGUAUGUUCCACCAGCCGUUUGAUGCGGUAUCCAAUAUGGAUAUACGGACUCCUUAUGAAUCGGAAGCACGUCUCGCGAUAUCGCAGACCAGUCGGCUGCGGCUGCCCAGACUGCCCGAUGACGUUAAUUUGCGACAGUAUUUAUUGCGACUGAAGAUUUGGUUUGGUGAUCCGGCCAAGUCAUUGCAUUACUUCGAGAUUGAAGAUGCUCAUUACGAAGUUCGAUAUCGCGAUAAAUGCGAAGAAGUGUCGUCGUCUCUCAAGAACCGCGCCCAACUGCUCGCCGAGUUUGUGGCGGAGCAGAUGAGCGGUUUGUCGCAGGAAAAGGACUGCACCAUGCCCAGUGUUAACCUGCAUUUGUCCGAUUUGAUGACCACACCUACAGAUAAGGAGGAGAGUUAUCCAGCCGGGUUACUUCGAGCCAAUUACGUAGUGGACCUCACGCUAUCCCCGGGCACGCUGGUGCCGCGCGUGAGUGCGCACGCGCAAAAGAUCUGCGGCAACACUGCGCCUUGUACUGCCAGAGAUCUGGUGGAGGUGUGCCGGUGUGAACACUAA